AUGGGAAUCAAGGGUUGCAUUUGUACUGCCACAUGGGUGAGACGCGUCUCGUGUUUCAUUGAACCCUCGAAGGCUGCAUUUGCAACCCAUGAAUCUAUUCUCAAAGAUAAGAGGACCCAGAAAGACACGGCUUCCUUGAUAUACACCGAUGGCAGUGGCUUCGAAGGCCACAUUGGUGCAGCUGCCGUCAACAUCCACGACGGUGAUACCGUUAUCUCCGACCGCAGACAUCUCGGACGGAGAGCCAGUCCACGCGACAACAAGGACAUGCCAACACCCACAAAGGCUCGAGAAGUGAUUCUUUUCUCUGACAGCCAGGCUGCUAUUCAAGCAGUCCAGAGCCCACAGCGACCGUCGGGUCAGUACGCCCUUACGAACAUAUACAAACACGUACGGACCCUUCGAUCGCGAUACUCGACAAAUGUUACCCUCCAUUGGAUCCCCGCACAUGCCGGGGUGUCUGGCAAUGAGCCUGCCGACGGUAGUGCGAAAUGCGCGGCCCUCGAAGUUGCGGAAGGUGCGACCAGCGGAGCGGAUAAAACCGAUCAUCCGGCUUGCAGCCGCGGCAAAACGGAUGGUCCGAGAGCGCAUCCAGGAGCGCUGGAAGAAGCAGUGGGAGAGCGAGGGGACCGCUCGGCCCACAAAGCGCGUAGUGGAAUGGCCGAACAAGAGGGUCUUACGAGCAAGGAAGUGGAUUCCGAUAAAUGCCCCUGUGGAGAGGGCUCAUCUCAGACCCCGAAGCAUGUCUCGCUUCAAUGCCAGACCUUCGGAGACUUAAGAAAGCCAUUGUUUCGAACCCGCUGGCAAUCCGCUACGUUGCCAAAUACAUGCACCAAACCGGCCUACUUGCUCAGUUUCACCAUACAUGAGCAAGAAGAAUCCGAUGAUGAAGCUGAAGACCUCAACCUCGAGGUCAUGGAGCAGAAUCCCGAAGACGCUAGGCACUACCCAAUGCUUGCUACUACGUUUGAGGAAGGAGAGAGCCUCAUUCAGCUAUUCGAAUACACGGUGUCUGACUGGCCAGAUGCUCUGAAUGGCGUGGAUCAACAGAACACCCAACUGAGGAUGAAGUGA